UGCGGUGUUUUUAAAAGGCGUUAGUGCGUUUUGCUGGCGUCCUAAAAUUUGUGCAAAAAAUUGGCUUUGAAAAAUAAGAGUAAAGUUAAAACAAAGAAAUCAUGGGCGUGGAAAUGGACACCAACGAGACGAGCGUGGAACUCACGGAGGCGGAGAACGAGCUGUACGACAGACAGAUCCGGCUCUGGGGUCUGGAAUCUCAAAAGCGCCUUCGCACGGCCAAGAUCCUCAUCGCCGGGCUGUGUGGCCUGGGUGCCGAGAUCACCAAGAACAUAAUCCUAUCCGGAGUCAACUCCGUGAAGCUGUUGGAUGACAAAUCCGUCACCGAGGCGGACUUCUGCUCGCAGUUCCUGGCAGCACGUGAUUCCUUGAAUACCAACCGCGCCGAGGCUUCCUUGGAGCGGGCACGAGCUCUUAAUCCCAUGGUGGACAUCUCCGCCGACAAGGAACCCCUGAAGGAGAAGAGCUCGAAGUUCUUCGGCCAGUUCGAUGUGGUGGUGGUCAAUGGCGAGACCAACGAGGAGCUGCUGCGGAUCGACACCAUUUGCCGCGAACUGGGCGUUAAGUUCAUAGCUACCGAUGUCUGGGGCACCUUUGGAUUCUACUUUGCCAGUCUCCAGAAGCACAGCUACGUCGAGGAUGUAAUCAAACACAAGAUCGUAUCCAACCCGGAUAAGAAAAAGAAGUACGAGACCGUGUCCAUUCCAACACAGCGCGAAGUGGACUAUCCCGGCUACUCAGCAUGGCUUGAUUUCGAUAUUACAGCGCCUAGUUAUGCGCGCAAACUGAAACGCAACGGGCCGGGCAUUCUGCUGCUAAGUGUUCUGCAAAAGUUCCGGACCACCCACCAGCGAGAUCCAAGCUACAAGAGCAGAGAUGCGGACCUGGAACUGCUUCGCGGGAUUCGCGACGAACUGUUGCCAAACUCUGCCCUGGAUGACGAAGCUCUGGGACUGAUCUUUGCCCAGAUAUCUCCUGCCGUGGCGGUAGUUGGUGGCGUCGUGGCCCAGGAGGUUAUCAAGGUGGUUACCAAAAUGGAAGCGCCGCACCGCAACCUCUUCGUCUUCGACCCCGAGACAUGUGCCGGAUACUUUGAGACCAUCGAAGCCAAGUAGAUCGCUCCCCUAAGCGCUUCUAUUAAAUAUCUGAAUAUCCAAUAA